AUGUAUUGUUUCCCGGGGCUGCCUUCAUCCAGCGCCGCUGACGAGCGGCUUCAACAGCAGACGUGUCUCCUUUCCGAUGCCGGAGGCUCGGCGGGCACGAAGGUGUCAGCCGGGCCGCUCUCCCUGCGGGAGCCGCGGCGGCGCGCGCCCUCCCAGCGGCUGUGCGGCCCGCCCUUUGCUUGCGGCCACCAAGGGGCGAUAUACCGACAGAGAGCCCGAACCCAGCCCAGGCCCUCAGGGAGCGCGUCUCCCCUUCGGAGGGGGCUUGGAAGCCGCGAAUCCAAGCGGCUGUGCGACCAGAACCAGACUACUCACGAGUCCAGACACACAGGACUGGGCUUACGGAGUACGGCGCUCAGGGAGCGCGUCUCCCCUUCGGAGGGGGCUUGGAAGCCGCGAAUCCAAGCGGCUGUGCGACCAGAACCAGACUACUCACGAGUCCAGACACACAGGACUGGGCUUACGGAGUACGCUGUCCACCGCAGCGUUCCCCCAGGCCGCAUCGAAAGCCAGAAGAAAAUUCCCGCCGACGCCCUGUGA